GAAGCCAAUUAAAGGAGAGGUAGAGAGGAAGGCUGAGCGUUGGAGGGCAGAGUCCAGCCCAGCCCACUUCAAGUCGAGUCUCGCACCAGUCUAUUUUCUCUUAUCACAAUCUGUCACGUCUGAUCAUCAGUGAGAGCGUACUGUAUUCAACGAAAGACAACUGCGCAAAAUAAGAACACGUUCUCAUGCAAAGUUAAACUUUUAAAAGGUUUCUUGCUUAUCUGAGCCAUCCAGUGGAUUGUCCAGGCAUUGCCCAGUUUUGGAUAAUGCUAUCACAUUGAGGAUUCUUAUUACCAUCCAUUCUUAUACUAAAUACAAAAAACUGGACUGAUCUAUCUGUCAGAAACGACAUUCAAAGAUAGAUUUCCUAAGGAAUGUACAUGCCCCACUUCCAACAUAUUGAAUUAUGGACUGCCUCAGAACUAUGUGACGCAGAGUGGAAAGCAUCUUGUCAGCUAAAAAGAAAGCAACAUUCCCAGAAUACCAAUGGAAGAAGCAUCGCAUGCUGCUUACGCUGCUGUUGCUGCCCCCACUGUGGUUCCCAUGACCCCCUCGGUAGGGUACCUGCUCCGGAUGUUCCACGAGUACCAGAGCAAUGCUGUCAUCAGAGAACACUACAACUACACAGGCAAACUGAAGGAGAACAAGUACAAGGAUGGACUAAAGCCAGAGGCCAUAGCCUUCCUGCUGAUCUGCUUGCUCAUAGUGCUGGAGAAUGCUGUGGUGCUGUUGGCCAUCUGGAAGAAUAAGAAAUUCCAUCUGCCCAUGUACUAUCUGUUAGGCAGCCUAACACUCUCAGACCUGCUAGCAGGCUUCACCUACAUGGUGAACAUUGUAACUUCAGGGGCCAACACGUUAAAGAUGACCCCUGUGCUGUGGUUCCUUAGGGAGGGGGGGGUCUUUAUAACGCUGGCCGCCUCUGUUAUCAGCCUCCUAGCCAUCGCAAUUGAGCGCCACGUCACCAUGGUGAGGAUGAAGCCCUACCAGGGGGCCAAGCGAGGCCGGAUGUUUGCCCUGAUCGGGGCCAGCUGGGUGCUGUCAGUGUUCCUGGGGGUUCUGCCCGUCCUGGGCUGGAACUGUAUGGGCCGUCUGGACCAGUGCUCCACUGUCCUGCCACUCUUCGCCAAAAGCUACAUCCUCUUCUUCAUCACCGUGUUCACUGCUGUUCUGCUGGCUAUCGUGGUGCUUUAUGUGCGCAUUUUCCACACUGUAAGGUCCAACACAAAGCACCUGGGCUCUGGCCUGCAGCGCAAAGGCCUGGCCCGCAAGUCCCAGAAGUACAUGGCCCUGCUGAAGACUGUCACCAUCGUGCUGGGUGUCUUCAUCAUCUGCUGGCUGCCUCUCUUCAUCCUCCUCUUGCUGGACUUCUGCUGCCCGGCACGGAGCUGCCAGGUGCUCUUCAAGGCGGACUACUUCCUGGGCAUCGCCAUGUUCAACUCUCUCCUCAAUCCCAUCAUCUAUACCCUGACCAGUAAGGACAUGAGGAGGGCCAUCCUGAGGCUGCUGUGCCGACGCUGCCUCCUCACCAAGGAUGGCCAGGUGAAGAAGAUAGGUGUGCCCUUCCUAGAGUGCAGUACCAGUAAGACUGAGGCACCCUCCCAUAGGCUGGAGGGCCUGGAGAUCACAGUCUCCUCUGCCAACUUCACCCCUUCCACUAUUAAAGCCAUCUACCCCAGGAUGUCAAAGACAUGACUUGUCCAUGACGGCCCAAUGUGACUCAGCAGUAAUAAUGAUUAAUUGUCCAAUUACAGUAAGAGCAGAGUUCUGGAGACCUCCUUGACUGGACCAAUCUUCGGCACCAUCUUACAGCUGUGAGACUACUACAUGUUACGUAUGGGUUGUAAAUGGAACAACAAGCAAGGAGGAAGUAAUACUCUUCCUCUCACCUCAAUGGUAGAGAACGCCAGCGGAACCCACCAUUGUCCUAUGUUUUGCCUUCCUCCCCUGGUCUGGCAUUUUCUUCCUAGACAGAUAAGCUGGGGGUUUCCACUUAAAGACUGGUUGGUCUAUUGUAAGGAAGUCAAACCUCAGUCACAGUGUUAGAGAAAUAAAUACCUUGUUGGUUUUUACUCCUCGGCGCAAAGCAUUAAACGAAUUAAUGCUGUUCUCAUACUGGGAAAUUCCUUUUCUCAUACUGUAUCUCAACAUACAUCUUCCAUAAUCCAAACUGCAGAAUAGAAAAACCCUCCUUGAAGGAAUGGAUUCAUGUUUGUAGCAGUAUUUUGAAUUGACCAUUUACCGGUAGUUAAAGAGAACCACUCAACCAGCAGCUGUGAAAUUAACGUUAUUUAUGUUUUUUAUUACACAAACAUUGAAAACACAUUCAGUACAUUUUAUUUUGAGUCAUACACAUUUAAAGUAUACAUUUGAGUCAUGCUAAGGCUCAUCCUUAUAUCCCCUCUAGAGAAAAUACAUAAUACAAACAUAAUGACAUGUAGUUAAAACAUGAAGCAUCCACACCCAAAACUGCUGCCAGAACUAUGUCAUUUUUAUCAUCUGGAAUUCUGGGUAGAGGUUUGCAGACCAACAUUAGAGGCUUGGUGGCUAAGACACACAGAGAAUUUCACGUUGAUGCCUCUUCUGGUUUGCACAUCUUUGGAGGUCUCUAAAACACACGUAGCAGCAGACAUGAUUGAGAGCAAUUAAAAGGACAGAUUAGGCUUAUUGACGGCUCUGGCUUUGUGGACUCAAAGUAUGGAAAACAUAUUGAACACAGCCUGUUCACAAAAACAAUAGCCUUCAGAACUUUCCUGAACAAGCUGGAAAAUAUCCCUCUCAUGCAAUGAAGUGUUAGGUGUAUCUUCUGUAAACAGUGGUUAAUAGACAUUAGUAAAGACAAACCACAAAUGCUUGGGGUUCCAUGUAUAACGUUCCAUUGUGACAGCAGUGAUGUUUGAAAGCAAGCAAUUGAAAUCUUUCACAUUGUAUAUAAAUGUACAAAUGAAAAAAAAAGAAGAUAUAUCGGUCUUACUGUACUAUACAGUAUAUUGUGUAAAUAAAAUGAACUAUAGUAUCUGUAUUUUGUUUAUUCUGAACUAAACUUAAUUUAUGAGGCCACUGCCAAUGUUUUAUAUGUACAUUCAAAUGAUAAAUAAAUGUGAACAACAUCUACAAAAAAAGUAUUUUUGGUCAUUGUUUUGCAGAAUAAACAUCCAUACAAAUAACAUAGUUAUUUCUUCUCACCAAUCUUUGUGAAACCAGAGGCCUCAUGUGUGAUAAUAUGAAAGUGCUAGUGUCAAUGUGGUGAGUGCGAUGUUUCAGAUCUUUCACAGGAAGCUUACACUCCCAUCAUCCACCAGUUAUAAAAGGCUUUGACCUAUAUAGUCAUCACAUACCAUAUACUUCAACACUGAAAAGUGCAUAAACACUGAUAAGCCAAUGUCAACUUAAUUCACUUGAGAAGAUGGAUCAGUCUCCAAAAUAUACAUAUACACCAAGGUGUAGUUUCCCACGAUAGAGCAGAGACAGAUGCCAAAGAAACGAUGUACUGUAUAUCACAAUAAAAUUGAAAUGUCUGA